CGGAAGCAGAUAGUGGAAUAGCUGAAUCUAAACGGGACCGGAAGCGGACGUUGAGUGGGACUGGCGCGAUAAUUUUCCGAUUAUACCGUAUGUUAUUUGUGUUUGGGAAUACGAUUUUUAUAAUAUAGUCUGUGCGCCUAUGGUACUACGUGUGGCAGAUUGCUAAAAAUUCGGCUACUCACCAAGGUCUAUGGCUUAUGCCAUGUUGUCUCCGCCAAAACUUUUUCCUUAAGGUCCUGUUCGCUAUAAAAUGGCUCUUGUGGAUGAUGUUAUAAUACUAGAUGAUGAUACAGAUACUACAAAUGUCGUUCCAAAUGAUUCAACUUGCGAGCGGCUUUCACCAGAAAUUAAUGGAAAGAAAGGAAGAGAAAGCAAGAGGAAGUCAGGCUCGAUGAGUGCAGAGAAUACCGCGUUAUUUGAAAAGUUUGUAGAUUACUGCACCAGGCUCACCCAAGAACACCCUGAAGUUAUUGUUUUUCUCAGAGGUCGUCUUUCCAAGGCCAGCCCUUCUUUCUUGUCCUCUGUUGAGUUUCAUAACAUAUUGGGUCGCUGUCUCACAAGGGUGCAAAGUAAGCACACAAAAGUCUACGUUUAUAUCAAUGAACUUUGUACUGCACUAAAGGCCAAUACAACCAAGCGCAAGAUUAUCUUAAAGUCACCUGCUCAUCAUACAACAUCCAUAGAACAUAUAGAGGGAGGCAGCACAAUAGAAGAAGAAGAAACAAAGGAAGAAGAGGAGAGUACAUCAAAGAAAGCUGGUUCCAAAGCUCAAAUUCGGUAUCUUGAAAACCUGCUUCAGACAUUUUCAAGGGAGAUUCAAAAACUGCAGGAGAAAGAGUUAAGCCUUGACGAACUGGAAGAUGAGGACUCUUCAUACAUACAGGAAUCCCGUCUUAAAAGAAAACUACUUUGCAUCUUCCACAAACUCUGUCAGUUGAAGGGUUGCCCCAGCCUUACUGGUCGAGUAAUAGAGCAGAAGAUUAAAUAUUGUGGCACGCGUUACCCAGAAGUUAAUCGCAGGUUGCAAAAGUUCAUAAAUGAAACUAGUGAUGGCUUCCCAGACUAUGGUGAUGUACUUCGAGUGAUACAAAAGGCCAAUGAGAAGCACAGUCUUGGUUUGGUGCGCAGACAAAUGGAAGGGAUGGCCCAGGAUGCAUUUCGUGAGCUAGGAAAUCGACUGCAGGAAAGAAGGCAUCUCGAUCUGGUAUAUAACUUUGGAUGCCACCUCACUGAUGCCUAUAAGCCAGGGUUUGAUCCUGCUCUCCAAGAUCCAGCUUUGACUCGGCGUCUUCGUGAGAACCGCGGUGUAGCAUUAUCUCACCUUGAUGACAUUAUUAAGAAGUACGCAGAAAUGCAGGAUGAGGGAGAGGAUGAAGAAAGCAGAAAAAUAAAAGAGGAGAGUGAAAGUCCAAGCAGCUCCAAGAGAGAACAAAUGUCUUCGCCAAGGAAAAGAAAGGUUUCCUCGCCAUCUUCAGAAGAAUCAGAGGCAGAGGAGUCGGAUGACUCCAUAACUGAUAUUGAAGAUGAGCUGAAACAAUGUGAGGCAUUGUCUGAUGAAGAGGAAGAUGACAUGGAUGCAGAACAACUUUCUGUUGACCAAGACAAUGAGGAAGACCCAAACAGGGAGACAGAAAUUGAGUCAUUCUCUUCAGCUGAGGAGGAGAAAGAAGAUGAAAAGGAGGAUGAAGACCAAAUCCAACAUGGAGAAGAUAAAGAGAAGGAGGGAUAUACGAAAGAGGAAAGCAGGCCAAAAGAUGAGGUUGAUAAAACCAUGGUAAAAAAAGAUGGAGAAAAUAAAGAGUUGUUAAUACAGACUUCUGCACAGCCUUCUCUUUUAUCAUCUCAUGGGAAAAUUUCAGAAAUACUAGAGAUACAGCAGGAGUUGCUUACACCUCAUACCUCUUCCUGUCUUCCAAACCAAAGCCAGAGUAAUUUAAUAUUGAGUACUAUAGAACUGCAAAAUGAAUUAGUGGAGUGUGGUAUUCAACAGAAGAGUAUCUCAGAAAACACAAAAGACUGCCUUGAAUUGCCAGAAAAUGAGAACUUAGUGGAAAAUGAGGGACUGCCACAUGCUGCAAGCAAUGUUGAGUUUGAAAAUGCAGUAGUUGUGGGUAAAAAGACUGACAUGUCUACAAAUAGGUCACCUAUGGACUGUCCUUUGCAGUCAGACUUGUCUAACUUAACUGGGAAUAUGCAGGAUAACUUUGUUCCAGAAAUCAAAAUCAGGUUGAAAAGUGCUACUCAAGAUAAACAUUAUCAGUUACUUACAAAAAACACUGAAGUAAGUGCCACACAAACAGAAGAAGUUUUGCAGUGUGCAGCAGGUUUGGGAACAUGUAUUGGGAACAUAAAGUCAAACAAACCAUGUGAAAAAGGCAAUAGCAAUAAUCCAGUUGAACCUCAUGAGCUUGAAAGCAAGAGAGCAGAGAAAGAGGAUGAUGGAAUAUGUAUCAUUAAAAUGCCACUUCCUAAAAGCUGUAUAGCUGCUGAAGCACAAACCAACAUGGAGCCAUUACAUGGUGAUAUCAGUGAUGAGGCUGAUUUCUCUAAAGUUUCUGAUGUGUCACAUUUAAGUAACAAAAAUGGUGUAUCCAUGAAAAUACAGGAGACUGCAAAAUGUCUACAAAGUAGAACAGUCAGUGUAAUUGGGUCCUGCAGUGACUCCGUGAUGAAUGUAAAAAGUAAAGAGGGUCAUGUCAAAAGCAUGAAAAGAAAGAAGAGCCUGACACAGACCUCACCGAAAAAUGGGGAUGGAUUAUUCAAUGGCACAGAUGACAAAGGGGAAGGAAUAAAAAUUAAGCGUCCAAGAAAAAAUUGCACCUCUGAUUCAGACAGCAACAGUCAAUUUUCACCUGAAAUUUCUUUAGACCUGAUUGUGAGCUGCAGCCCUCCAGAAUCUCCCUGUCCUGCAUCAAAUCAGGGUCUCAAGUCUCAUGCCUCAACACAGUGUGACCCUGAUGAAGUGAUUGUGCUUUCAGACUGAACUUACAUUGGAACAAUUAAUUUAUGAGCAACAUUGACUAAGGUUUCUUCUGCGGCUAUAUAUGGACUAUCUUCUACAGGUGUUGACAAGCAUUGAUUUUUUUUUAUUCAUGUAUAGUAUAGUAAGGAUAACACCUGGAUGAAUUAUCUUGGCUUGAUAAGCGGACCAAUGGCACUGAAUUGUUUGGAGGCUUCUGGGAAGUUUUAUAUAUGGGCUAUGGAACUCAUAUAGAGGGUUAGUUCUUGAAGGGCUAUGUGCCUCUUCAGAUUUGGGUAUAUCCCAGGGAUUAUUUUGGAUAUCUCCUGCAAACAAACCUUUUUUUUGGAUUUGUAAAAAAAAAAGAAAGAAAACUUUAAUAAAUUUGUGUUUUAUUA